CGGACUUGUUUUGAAUACGCACCGAAAAGCCCGGGUCAGACGAGCAUGGAGGAAAAUGAGGACAGAGAACAGAGCCAGUUCAGUGUCCUGACCGGGUAACUAAUGUGGAGGAGCUUGCUGCUGAAGGGCACCACCUGUCUCUUGCAGGUGGCAGACCCAAAGUUUCUCCACCAAAGACAUUUUUCAUCUCUGUGUUUGAGACUUUUCCCUCACAGGAUCAUUCACAGGCCUCCUGAGGCUCCGUGUGUCCCAAGGCUUCGGGGCACAGGCUGCCUCUUGGCACACAGAGGGACCAGGGCGUAUAAAAAGGAUGCAAAGUCUACUGUGGAGUUCCCAGUGAGCCCCAUCACAGUCACAGAUAUCAAACAGUAUAUACGCUUCAAAGACAUCCCCUUCCACGAUGGCUACAGCUGCCUCCACAUCCCGAGCAUCUUCGUCGAUUCGUCUGCCAGGAAGGACAGUUUCUCCCUGUUCAUCAACAAAACAACGGGCCAGUUUCUGUGUAAAGACACACUGGUGGAAGGCAGCUGGGAGGAUUUUCAGGACUGUCUGGAGGUGAUGCAGAAGGAGGGGCAGGAUUUCCUCAGCCCUCAUGUGCUGCUGGGAUAUCCAGAGAGUGUGGAGGAGCAGGAGGAGAGGGAGAGGGAGCUGAGAGAGGUGCAGAGGAUCUGGUCCAGCGCUGUGCCCCUCACUGACCUCCCUGAAGACGAGGCUCAGCUGAUUAAAACCAUGUUCCAGAUCACAAAGGUCUCUAAUGCAACCCUCAAGAAGUUUGGCGUGAGGCUCUUCAGGCCCACCAAGAGUCUGGUUUUCCCCUGGUUCGGUGGAUCCAACUCCUCCUUAAAAGGGGUGAAGCUCAUCUCCGCCCAAAACACAGACACUGAGAAAGUUACAUAUACUGAAGCUACAGUCCCAAAGUGUAGUUCUUACCACAACCUGUUUGGCCUCCCCCUGGUGGGCCGCAUGGACUCUGAGGUGGUUGUGACUGGUCAUGAGCUGGACACUCUGGCUGUGAGUCAGGCCACAGGACUCCCCAGUGUUGCUCUUCCACGUGGGAUCAGCUGCCUUCCUCCAGUCCUGCUGCCCUAUCUAGAACAGUUUAAGCGGGUGACGCUGUGGCUGGGAGGCGACAUUCGCUCCUGGGAGGCGUCAAAGAUCUUUUCUCGCAAGCUGGGUCUUAGGCGCUGUUCUCUGGUGCGACCCGGGGAGUACCAGCCGUGUCCUGUAGAGGCGCUAGCACAAGGGAAAAACUUAAGCCGCAUCAUCAAAGCCUCCAUCCCAGCGGCCCAUAAGUCCAUAGUGUCCUUCAAGCAGCUCAGAGAGGACGUGUACGGGGAGCUGCUGAACACAGAGCAGGUGGCUGGAGUGAAGUGGACGAGGUUUCCCGAGCUGAACCGGAUCCUAAAGGGACACCGCAAGGGGGAGCUCACUGUUUUCACGGGUCCUACUGGCAGUGGGAAGACCACCUUUAUAAGUGAGCUGGCCCUGGACCUUUGUAUUCAGGGUGUCAACACUUUAUGGGGCAGCUUUGAAAUCAACAACGUGCGUCUGGCUAAGAUCAUGCUCACACAGUUUGCCAUGCAGAGGCUGGAGGAGAACCUGGAGCAGUACGACUUCUGGGCAGACAAGUUUGAGGAGCUGCCGCUCUACUUCAUGACUUUCCAUGGGCAGCAGAACAUCAGGACAGUGCUGGACACUAUGCAACACGCUGUGUAUCUCUAUGAUAUUAACCAUGUCAUAAUUGACAACCUGCAGUUCAUGAUGGGGCAGGAAAACCUCUCAGUAGACAAGUUUGCGGUUCAGGACCACAUUAUCGGGGCAUUUAGGAAGUUUGCCACCAACACCAGCUGCCACGUAACUCUCAUCAUUCACCCCAGGAAAGAGGAGGAUGACCGUGAACUGCAAACAGCAUCUAUCUUUGGGUCUGCCAAGGCCAGCCAGGAAGCCGACAACGUCCUCAUUUUGCAGGAGAAGAAGCUAGUUACAUGUCCCGGCCGCAGGUCCCUACAAGUGACCAAGAACCGUUUCGACGGAGACGUGGGCAUUUUCCCUCUGGACUUCAUCAAGUCCUCGCUCACCUUCUCAGCUCCCAUCAAGGGCAAACACAAGCUGAGAAAAGUCCCCACCAAGCCAGAGAACGAGGAGGUCGAGGGGAGCGAGGUGGCGGUGAAGAAGGACGGGGUUAAAAAGGAGAGGACUGAGAAAGCAAACAAAACAACAAAGACUUCACGACCUGUUAAGAAUCCUUCAACUGCAGAGUAAAACACCCAGAACUCAUAAUAGACAUAUUUGUAGACAAUGUGGAUUUUUACUGAUUUGUUAGUUUUACCACUUCCACAUUCAUGUUUUCAAUCAGUCAGAAAAAAUGAUCCCAAGUCAAAACUUUGCCCUGAUUUCUUUCAGAUAAAAUGAUAUAUGUUUUCAGAUGAUAUUGUUUAUUUUAUUAUAAUCUGUAAUUUAUUUCAUAAUGGAAUUAAGUUUGGCACCAGAAUGUGAAACAAUGACAAGUAAAGGGGUGAAUAUGUUCAACUUCUAUACAGUUUUAUAAGCUUUUCUAUGGACGUACUACUGUGUACUAAGACUGAAUUUCUUCCGCGUGUGUAUAAAAUCCUGAUAAACUUGUUCUUAAACUUCAUUUUCAAAAUCUACUGUGACACAAAGAAUUACUGUUUUCAUGGUAUUGUUCUCUAUAUCUGGUAAAGCACUACCACACUGUCUGAUUGCCAAGAUGAUAAAAGCACUUACAGGGCACCACCGUGCUCUCUCUGCUGACUCUUUAGGACAAUAAAGAUUCAUUGAAUAAAA